AUGCAUUGUCUAUAUACUUUAGAAAACUGUCAAAGAAAUUUUCUCAGAAAAUUUCAACUUAAUCAAAUUCGACAAAAAGUAUUAACAUUAAAUAUAUUCGACAGUGCUUCAAUGAAAAUUGAUAUCAUUCGUCUUGAACGUUUCGCAACACGUCUUUAUUUUAUUCUUUUUUUCUGUACAUUAUCAAUUCAAAUUCUUUACAUUGUUAUUUCAAAAGAUAUAGUUAGUGUAUCUGAGUCGAUGCCUUCACAAGCUCGAUAUGAAGAAUUACAAAUUUUACAUGCAAAUACACUUCAAUGCACUUGUACUCAUGUUGCUAUACCGUACAAGAAAUUUAUUACAAUUGAUGCCAACUUUCAUCAAGUGUGCUCUAGUGAUUUUGUACAAGAUGUUUGGCUUGAUUUUCUCUUUGGAAUAGGUUUUUGGGCCUAUCAAAUAACUUCCGAUAUUCGAGGACGUGGAUCUGCAUAUUUUCAAUUACUAUCAGAAUUAUGUAUACUUUCACAAAUAACAUUUAAUAAUGCUGUUGAUCAAUUUCUUGAGAAAUCUUACGUUAGUGCUCAAGUAAAAUCUCAAUCACAGUUUUUAUCUCAGAUGGAUAUUAUUCUUGAACAAUUUAAGAUAACUACUCCAUAUCGUUUUUCUCGGGCCUUACAACUUGUACGUGAUAUUACAAAUGGAAACUCUUUUAUAUCUGCAUAUGUAUUAAAUUGGAAUUGGUGGGUAACAGAUAAUAGUAGUAAUGCAACAGUUCCUAUGCGUGCUGUCUCACCCAAUAAAUUUUGUUCAUGUGGAAAACGAAGCGAUUGUAUUAAUUCCGGAGGUAUUUAUCGUGUAUUCACUGACCAACAAAUAUUUGAUAUGCCUGGAUUUCAUGUUGGAUGUUCAGCAAUUGAAACAUUAUUUCGAUCAACAUUCGAAUGUUUAUACAAUCAAACAUGUAUUGAUAUGUUACAAAAAUUUGGCGUAGAGAAUGUUGUUUAUUUUAAUGCCUCACGCUAUAUAAUCGCUAUGAAUCCUAGAUUGCCAAGUCGUUUUCUUUCGACUACAACUAUACUCACCAUUGUUAAAGCACUUUUUAUCGAGCAAUGGAAGAUCAAUGUUUCGUAUUCGAUAUUUUAUGAACAGUGCGCACCAGCUUAUUGUGCUUAUAUAUUUGAGAAACGACAUGAUUUUAUUUUUAUUUUUACAAAACUGUUAGGCACUUAUGGUGGAUUAACUGUUGCGUUACGAUUCAUUUCUCCGUAUAUGAUUUACAUAGUGUUGAAGAUAAAAGAACACUAUUAG